AUGGCCGACGAAGCCGCAUUCUUGUCUCCCCAAACGAGCCGCAAACGCCCCGCGGGCAUCGGACAACUAUCAACUACCUUUUUGUCUCCCCGGCCCCAACUCAACAAGGGAACCUGCACCGGGCACCGCGAGGCCAUUGCCGUUGGGCUGGUCGGAUACUUAUUUGUCGCGCCGGCAAGCAAGUGCCCAACAUCCCGACUGGUCUACGCUCAACGGGCGUAUCAAUAA